GCCUCUGAGUUCGUGUCUGUGAACAGAUCUCAAAAAACCCUUCACUUUUCUCUCUCUAGAUUCGCACUCUUUCUCUCUCUAAAAGUUCAAAAAGACACAACCCAUUGAAAUCUCUCUCCCUCGCUCUCGAAGACAGCGUUUUUCUUGCUUUCUUAUCCAUCUGACAAAAGAAAAAUUAUCGCUUUCUCCAGAGAAACUCUUUCAGUUUCUUCAUGUGAAUGUUUGGUUAUAGAGAAGUAGAGAGACAUCCGUGACUUCUUUCGGAAACGGUGUCGUUCUCUUAUUCCCUACUUUCCACUGUUCAUUGCUCUGUGGUGGAUUCCCACUUCAGUUUUGCUUUUGUCUUCGGUCUCAAUUAUAAAAGUUUAAAUCUUGGACUCUCUAUUCCUCCAAGCUGUUUGUUUAUGGUAAGUUCAGUGAAUCUUGAGGGGGAAACUAGAGCUAUUAUUUCCAAAUUCGGAAAGAUCAAAGAUUUUCAGACAAGAAAAAUGAGAUACAGCUCGGUUCGGUUCUUCUUCUGUCAAAGAAAACAGAACAGUCCUUCUUCUGAUCAAUGACGACCACUACUAAGGUUGCUUCUUCUCGGAUUCUGAAAGAAGCAAAUGGAGACAUCGGUGAGCAUCUUCGUAACCAUAUCCAUUUAACCAACUGUAUCCACUUGAAGAAUCAUAUGCACAACAACAACAACAGCAAACAGAGUCCGGGUUUAACAAACCGGUCUCUCCUCAUGAGAGAUCUCGUCCUUCUUCAGAGGUCAAGAUCACUCAGAGACCCAUCAGCGAGCCCGAGGAUGAAAGAAGAUCACAAGGGAGGAAGGAAUAGAAGAUGUGUAGAUCAGAACGUGGUUAAGAAAGCUAGUCUUAGGUUGACUAGUUCGUCUCCAAUAGUGAGUUGUGGUGGUGGUGGUGGUACAUCUAAAGUGACUCCUUCUGAUGAAAAACUCGAUAAGAGUUAUAGAGUCGAAGUUGAGAAUGAUGCUAUUGUGAAGACUCUGUCUGAUCAGUUAUCAGUUGAUAGUGAUGUUCGAAAUGGGCGUAAUAGGCGGAAACUUAGAGAGAAGAGGAGAGCGGUAAGGGCGGGUACUAUUAGAGACAAGUACGAGGAAGAAGAAGGAGGACAAAGAGAGCAGAACAUAGCUACAACUGUUCCAAGAAACGGUUGUGGACUUCCGUUUAACUGGUCGAGGAUCCUUGAUCUAGCUUUAUCCGCGGAUACUGUGAACACAGUGAGAUCUGAGAGUAUAAUGGAAACUGAGUAGAGCGCCGUUAGCUUUAUGUCGCAGCUCGCAACCUCAUAAACCGAUGUCCUUGCCGGAAGCUAUGACUUCACUGAAGAAGAGUGCAAAGAAAGUUUUCAGACGACAACCAUUGUCGAAGAAGAUAUGGAGAAGCUGAGACAAGCUUUGAAAACGCUGUCUGAAUCAGAAAAAACAGUUGAGGUAUCCACGAUAAAUAACUGGCUCACUGCUGCAUUGCUCCAGCUACGCUCCUGAUCAACGCUACUGGUUCCGCCUAGUCCUUGUAACAACGCUGCACCUAGACCUUCGGGUGAGAUUUGGUUAGCGGUGAUAGAGAAUGUUCGAGUUAAUGGUUAAGAGAGUUCUUUAUAGAGAAGGGAAGAUCUUUCUAUUAGUAUCGGUUCAGCUCCUACGGUGGUAAUGUUCAACUCGCCUGUAACGAAAAUAACGGCUGAAUUUAGAGAUCACAUUUUGAGAGCGUUUGAGGCUGUUCUUGGUUCUCCCGUCACUCUAGCGAUUAGAAUCGAGUCAAAGAAAGACCUGAAAAACGUUGGUUCAUCGUCGUCAAGAGCGAGAUCGUGAAUUGGAGGAUGAGACUGAAUCUGCUAGAGGAAAGACUGGAAGCGAGCCAGAAAACAGAGCAUUGUGAGAGGAAAAGCGUCGUUGGGUCAGGUGAUUAAGCAAGCUGAAGGAAACGGUUGGUCGAAACGCAAAGCGAUGCUGAUUGCAGAUAAGCUUGAACAUGAAAAUCUGAGACUUGAACCUAGUUCAAGAAGCUUGAUAUGUUGGAAAGCGUCGAGAAGCGUACGUCGCAAGGCAUCGAGAUUGAAGAAGGUGAGGAGGAGAAGGGUACGACUACAUUCGUUGUUGAAGAUUGUCAUGUGUGGGAAAAGUUUAUCAACGGCAUCCCCUUCUAGAUUAUAAGAUAGGGUUUUUUCUAUUACUAGUAUGAAGAUAAAGCGUUCGUCCUUCGUUUUUCUUAUCUUCCUUAGGCAGAUAUUUAAUGUAAUUUUUUGUAUUUUUUCUUGUUUUGGGUAAGUAAUCUUUGUAGCUGUAUUUUUUUAAAAAGUAUUUUCUUUCCACAACUAUAAGCAACGAUUCGAAUGUGAAUCACAAUGGAUGGUGGCGACAGGGGUUUUCCGAUACCGCGCACCACUUUUUAUGUCCA